GUCGUCUAUCGACCGUUCCCAUCUCUAUGCUGAAGCCCGUUAGUCCCCGCCCCCAAACACACUCACAGACAAGACUCAGCAGCAUACACAUACACAGCCGGGGUCGGAGGUCGUGGUGACGUCACUGCUGUCUUGUUGCUCAGCUGAUUGCAGGACCUGAUAAACAUCCCCGGUGACAGCGGCGAUGGACGGGGGGAUCCAGCGGUACAACGCCUGAGCCGCCUCUCCUUCCUGCAUCUGGUGAGGGCACGUAGACUUGCAUCCUUGAAGACUGGCAAGAUGUGGCUGAAGCUGUUCCUCCUUCUCCUCUACUUUCUCAUCCUCUUUGUCCUGGCCCGGUUCUUUGAGACCAUAGUGUGGUAUGAGACGGGGAUUUUUGCCAGCCAGCUGGUGGACCCAGUGACCUUGAGCUUCCACCAGCUGAAGACCAUCCUGGAAUGCCGGGGACUGGGAUACUCGGGGCUCCCAGAGAAAAGAGAUGUCCGGGAACUGAUGGAGAAAUCAGGAGAUCUUAUGGAAGGGGAGUUGUACUCGGCCUUAAAGGAAGAAGAGGCCUCCGAAGCCGGAUCCAGCACCAACUUCAGUGGAGAAAUGCACUUUUAUGAGCUGGUGGAGGACACAAAGGAUGGCAUCUGGCUGGUGCAGGUGGUUGCAGAUGGCCGGAGCCCUCUCGUAAGUAAAGUCCAUUGGGAGAAGAUGGUGAAAAAAGUGACCAAAUUUGGCAUCCGUACAGGAACAUUCAACUGCUCUAGUGAUCCCAGAUAUUGCAGGAAGAGAGGAUGGGUGAGAUCGACCCUUAUUAUAUCCGUGCCCCAAACGAACACCUCAAAGGGGAAAGUGAUGCUUAAAGAGUACGGCGGGCGUAAAAUAGAGACCGAGCACAUCUUCAAGUGGAUUACUGCACACGCUGCUUCACGCAUCAAGACCAUCUACAAUUCUGAACAUCUAAAGGAGGAGUGGGACAGGAGCGACCAAUACAAGGUGAAGCUAUAUCUGUUCGCAAACCUCGAUCAGCCUCCGGCGUUCUUCUCUGCGUUGAGUGUGAAGUUUACUGGGAGAGUGGAAUUCAUAUUCGUCAAUGUGGAAAACUGGGAUAAUACUAGUUACACUGCUGAAAUCGGCAUAUCGAGGACUCCAUCUUACGUUCUGAAAACUCCCGAGGGAAUAUACAAAUAUGGAAAUAAUACGGGAGAAUAUGUCUCCCUAAGGGCCAUGGAUUCCUUCCUGCGCACGUUACAACCAGAAGUCAAUGACUUGUUUGUGCUCAGUUUGGUCCUGGUGAACCUCAUGGCUUGGAUGGACUUAUUUAUCACUCAAGGAGCCACCAUAAAAAGAUUUGUGGUUCUGAUCAGCACUUUAGGGACCUACAAUUCCUUGCUCAUCAUUUCCUGGUUACCAGUUUUGGGGUUUCUCCAGCUCCCUUACCUUGAUAGCUUUUAUGAGUACAGCCUGAAACUACUUCGGUACUCCAACACCACCACCUUGGCUUCGUGGGUAAGAGCCGACUGGAUGUUUUAUUCUUCUCAUCCCGCACUUUUUCUUAGUACUUAUCUCGGCCAUGGGUUGCUCAUUGAUUACUUUGAAAAGAAAAGACGAAGCAACAACAACGCCGAUGAAGCCAAUGCCAAUAAUCUAGAGUGGUUGUCCAGUCUCUGGGACUGGUACACCAGUUACUUAUUCCACCCCAUUGCUUCUUUUCAUCACUUUCCCAACAACUCAGAUUGGGAUGAAGAUCCAGAACUUUUCCUCGAGCGUUUAGCUUUUCCGGAUUUAUGGCUUCAUCCUCUGAUACCCACAGAUUACAUAAAAAAUCUACCAACCUGGCACUUUCGUUGUCCUAGUCAUCGCGUAGGAGAAGACUUCUCGGAAAGUUCACAAGAAAGUGACAGUGAGUCUGAAAGCUCUGGAAGUGAACAGUGCAGAUGUACGAGGAAUCCUCCUUCAAGUUGCACAGGAAGGCCAACAUUAGAGUCUUCUGACCAGACUUGCUUAUGCGAAGAAGCACAAGGUGGAAGAAAAAUAGGAUCCUCCACCAAGGACAACUUGGAACCAGACUGGUCCACAUGGCCUGAAAAUAUGUUGCACUGUACAGAAUGUGUGGUUUGCCUGGAGAAUUUUGAGAAUGGCUCUCUGCUUAUGGGUCUCCCAUGUGGGCACGUAUUCCACCAAAAUUGCAUUGUAAUGUGGUUGGCAGGAGGUAGACAUUGCUGCCCAGUUUGUCGAUGGGCGUCCUAUAAAAAGAAACAUUUCACUCAACAGCCAUCAUUGUCCAGUCCUGCCCAGUCUUAGCAUCCGCUCUAAGUCUGGAAGCUUCCCGGCCUGUAUCUGCUUGUAUCUGUGGUUUGAUGUCAUGUUUUCUGUCUUAGUACAGUGGACUAAUGCACAUUAUGUUUGUCAUGAUUUAAUUUUCUGGCCUUGCGUGUUAAGUGUAAAUGCAUACGUAAGCAAAAAAAACAAAAAAAAAACAUAUUUUUAUGACUUUCACAAAUUAUAUUCAUAUUUCAGUGUAUUUUUAAAAUAAUAAUAAUAAUUAUUGUCUGCCAAAUUGUAGAGAGAAGAACAUUAUAUUGAUUUUUUUUUUCUUUUGAGCACUUUCAUUUUGACCAUCCUCGCUCAGUGUUCCAUAUGUUUUUGAACGUCCGUAAUGGAAGUCUCAACCUUUCACUUGAGUGUUAUGAUUUAUUUUCUUUUUAAUAAAACUAAAAUAGAGUCUUCUGUCCCAGUCUUUAAAGGGAGAACUUACUGCAAAACCUUUUAAUAUAUAAGUAGGUCUCGUCACUUACAUUUAUUAUUUCAUUUUUUAUAUUUUUUUUUGAGGUUUCAGACAUGUUCUAAUGUAAGUGACUAUGCAAUGUUUACACAUAACAAUACAGGAAUCAUGAUGGCAGGAAAGGAGCACAGCGUUGCUUUAUUUAUCCAUAAAAAAAAAAAUGCUAUUUUUUUUUUCUAUUCCUGCAUUGGUUUCUGUUAGGUUAGAGGGGUUGUCCAUUUUUUUUUUUUUCUGUGUAGAUGUGCUAUCAUGUGUGGACAGGAUUUAGUCUCUCCUGUGUGGCUGUCCUGUGAAUUUCAGGAUUACAUUAUGCCCAACCCAUACAGUAUCCAUACCCUCCUGGCAGCUCUCAGACCCCUGCCCUCCCAUCUCUAUGACCACCUAUGCAUAGUGUGUUGCUGAAGAUAGACUGUCUCACCUCUCUGUAGGAGAGCAGGGAUAUAUAAGGUGAGUCUAUACUAGGUUUAGCUGUAGAGUUAUAAAACUCCCCCGACUCACACUGUCUCUUUCUGCUUUGUUCAGAGACUCUUGCCUGUCCUGUAGGAUGCAGCUAGACACUGUUAUCCCGGCCUCCUGCUUUAAAGAGUUAAGAGGGAUAAAUCUUUCACAAGGAGCCAGACAGCUGCAUCUCAGAGGAAUACAUAGAGACUCUGGUAUGAGUUAGCAUUCAGGAAUUCUGUGUCGCAGAUGAUUUGUUUUACUUAGGACUCAGAACAAGUGCAGUGAUGAGACGCCGCCCCCCUCUCUGCAAAGCCACAGGCAGCUUUAGGGAAACAAUAGCAGAAGGUGUAAGGAUGGCAGGCAACCUGCAAAUGACCAAUCUACAUACAUUUUUAUAUAAUAGCAGUCUAUUUUACAUUACAUAGGCAAAUAAUAAAUAUAUAUAUAUAUAUAUAUAUAUACACACACACACACACACUCUGCUCAAAAAAAAUAAAGGGAACACUAAGAUAAUACAGCCUAGAUCUGACUGAAUGAACUAAUCGUAUGAAAUACUUUCGUAUUUACAUAGUUGAAUGUUCUGACAACAAAAUCACACACAAAUUAUCAAUGGAAAUCAAAUCUAUCAACCCAUUGAGGUCUGGAUAUGGAGUCAUACUCAACAUCAAAGUGGAAAGACACACUACAGGCUGAUCCAACUUUAUGUAAUGUCAUUAAAACAAAUCAAAAUGAGUCCUCCACCUAUGACCUCCCUACAACGCCUGGGCAUGCUCCUGAUGAGGUGGUGGACAGUCUGUGGUGCAACGUGGCGUUGGUGGAUGGAGCGAGACAUGAUGUCCCAGAUGUGCUCAAUUGGAUUCAGGUCUGGGGAACGGGCGGGCCAGUCCAUAGCAUCAAUGCCUUCCUCUUGCAGGAACUGCUGACACACUCCAGCCUCAUGAGAUCUAGUAUUGUCUCGCAUUAGGAGGAAUCUAGGGCCAACCACACCAGCAUAUGGUCUCACAAGGGGUCUGAGGAUCUCAUCUCGGUAUCUAAUGGCAGUCAGGCUACCUCUGGCAAGCACAUGGAGGGCUGUGCGGACCCCCCAAAGAAAUGCCACCUCACACCAUUACUGACCCACCGUCAAAUUGGUCAUGCUGGAGGAUGUUGCAGGCAGCAGAAUGUUCUCCACUGCGUCUCCAGACUCUGGCAUGUGCUCAGUGUGAACCUGCAUUCAUCUGUGAAGAGCACAAGGUGCCAGUGGCAAAUUUGCCAGUCUUGGUGUUCUCUGGCAAAUGCCAAACGUCCUGCACGGUGUUGGGCUGUAAGCACAACCCCCACCUGUGGAUGUCAGGCCCUCAUACCACCCUCAUGGAGUCUGUUUCUGACCGUUUGAGUGGACACAUGCACAUUUGCGGCCUACUGGAGAUCAUUUUGCAGGGCUCUGGCAGUGGUCCUCCUGCUUCUCUGCACAAAGGCAGAGGUAGCAGUCCUGCUGCUGGGUUGUUGCCCUCCUAAAGCCUCCUCCACGUCUCCUGAUGUACUGGCCUGUCUCCUGGUAGCGCCUCCAUGCUCUGGACACUACGCUGACAGACGCAGCAAACCUUCUUGCCACAGCUCGCAUUGAUGUGCCAUCCUGGAUGAGCUGCACUACCUGAGCAACUUGUGUGGGUUGUAGACUCCGUCUCAUGUUAACACUAGAGUGAAAGCAUCGCCAGCAUUCAAAAGUCACCAAAACUUCAGCCAUGAAGCUGUGUGAUUGACUUGGAGUUACACUGUCUUGUUUAAGUGUUCCCUUGAGCAGUGUGUGUGUGUGUGUGUGUAUGUAUAUAUAUAUAUAUAUAUAUAUAUAUAUGAAAAGUUUUGCAACUGACCUGUUAUUUAGCUUGUCGGACAGAUUCACCCAUUGCCGCUCCAUUCAAUUGCUGCGCGAGUGCUGAAGUGAGCAGAGUAGUUCACUUAGCUGUCUCGGUUAGUCCCAUAAAGGGUAAAUGGAGCGGCAGGGCGCAUACUAGGCUGCUGCUUUAUUUACAAGGAAUAGCAAGGGAAACUAGUGAAUGGUGGUGGUUCCGCCAGUCGGACGUCCACUGAUCCAUUUAAGUAAAUGGAUCCAAGUUGUAAUACCACACAAAACCUGAGGACAGGUUGUCUUAUUCCUGGAUAAGCCCAUUAAGUCAGGUUUAUAAAGGCUAUUGAUUGGGUUAUGGCUGCUUUAAAUUGCAUUCUUGCAUGAUGAAAAGUGAUAUGUCUAUACGUAAAUACAGCUGGUUACUGAUAAGCCUCUAAAUGGCUUUGGUUUUG